CGCGCUCACGUGUCGAACCGCGUUCAUAGCCAUAAAAGUCUAGAGCUAAGUUGGUUCUAGCGCCUGCAUUCAAGAUGGUGGACAGCAAAAAACGCAAGCAUGCCUCUGUAGUUAUACAUCAAACCAACCAACAUGACAGUCCAAACAAGAAGACCAAAACAGAAUCCCAGAAUGCCGAAGACAUCGACACCUCCCGCCCCACGGCCCUGUUCAAGCCCACCAAAGCCCGCGACUGGACCGUCAGCAUCGCUCUCCCGGGCAGCUGGCUGCUGAAUGCCAAAAAGCCAGACCACAAGACCAUGCAAGUGGGCCGCAUCGCGCGCGCGGCCGCCGUGUUCUGCGUCGACGAGAUCGUCGUCUUCGACGACAACCCGUCCGGCUUCGCGCCCAACGUGGUAUCGGAGCGGUACACGCGCGGCAAGAAAUCCAAGUCCAAGCAGGCCGUCCUCGACGCCAUCAGCGAGGAAGACGAGCCCUGGCAGAACCCGGACCAGUUCCUGUACCACGUGCUCGCGUUCGCAGAGUGCCCGCCGCACCUGCGCUACAGCCACGACGACCCGGCGCUGAGCAUCUUCCAGAAGCACAAGAACCUGGAAUGGGCCGGCACGCUGCCCAGCAUGGACAUGCCGCACCACCUGCGGCCGCACGAGUGGAGCCAGUUCCGCGAGGGCGUGGUUGCGGGGCCCGCGGACCCCCCCGUGCGCAAGAACGCCAGCAAACCCGCGAGAGACCAGCAGUGGGUACACGUCAACUGCGGACUCCCCGCGCCCGUGGUCGUCCCCGUGCCCCCCGCCGCGCCCCUCGAGCCCGCUAUGCGCACCACCGUGCGCUUCGCCAACCCCGCUCCGCCGCCCAACUGGCCGCACCUGACGCCCGGCGAGUGUGCGGCGCUCGACGCCACGGCGUGCGCUGCGUCGCUGCCGCGCGAGGAAGCCGGGUACUACUGGGGCUACAGCGUGCGCAAAGCAGCGUCGCUGAGCGCGGUGUUCGGCGAGUGCGAGUUCGCAGACGGGUACGAUUUCACAGUCGGCACGUCGGAACGGGGGGUGGACGUGCGGUCGCUGCUGCCGUCGGCGGGCGCGGGGACAGCGGGCGCGGCGCCCGCGGCGUUCAAGCAUCUGCUGCUGGUGUUUGGCGGGGUGGCGGGGAUCGAGCCGGCGGUUGCGAAUGACCCGGUGCUGGCGGCGAAGGGGCUGGGGAAGGGCAGCGCGAGCGAGCUGUUUGAUGCGUGGGUGAAUGUGGUGCCGGGGCAGGGGAGCCGGACGAUUCGCACGGAGGAGGCGGUGGAGUUUGCGCUGUGUGCGCUGAAGCCGUAUGUGGAUUCCAUGUAUGAGAAGUAGGGGACGACGGUGGAGGAGAAACAGCGGGUGUUUUCUUGGCGGUGGGUGCAGAUGAGCCUGAUGAAGAGGAUGAAGACGAUCUGCACGGUGGGCGCUGGCAAAGACAGCGUAGAUUUGACAGCGUAGAUCAGCACCGACGAGUCCGCGAAAAAGCACUGCGACAGGACAACAGUCACUGCCACCAU